GAUCAGUUGUUUACUGUCUAGGAUACAGGGCGCACGUACGUCUUGAAUAAGCAAUGGAUUUGUGGGAAAACGAUGAAGCUAUACAACGAUUCAGGGAAUAUUUGAGGAUACCUAGUGUGCACCCGGAUGUGAACUACGAUGAGUGUGUGGAAUUUCUGAAACGGCAAGCCAGUGAGCUGCAGCUGCCCGUGGCAGUCCAUGAAUUAAUACCGGGGAAGCCCGUCGUGGUCAUCACCUGGGAGGGCAAAGAACCAGAGCUCCCGGCCAUACUGCUCAACUCACAUAUGGACGUCGUACCUGUUUAUGAGGAAUCCUGGACUUAUCCACCCUUCGAAGCUACAAUAUCUGAAGAUGGCUACAUUUACGCUCGCGGCACUCAGGAUAUGAAAAGUGUCGGCAUGUUCCACUUGGAGGCCGUGCGAAGACUGAAGGCGGCUGGUGUCAGGUUGAAGAGAACUGUCCAUGUGUCCUUUGUUCCCGACGAAGAAAUUGGUGGAGAGCAUGGGAUGCAAGCGUUUGCUCAGUCUGAGCAGUUCAAGGCCUUGAACCUGGGUUUUGGACUCGACGAAAGCUGUCCUUCUUUAAGCACGAAGGUCAUUAGGGCUUUUAAUGGAGAAAAAACUAACCGACAGUUAAAAGUGACUUGCAGAGGAGACCCCGGACACGGUUCUUUGCUUUUGUCUAACACCGCAGGAGAAAAGCUUCAUUACAUAUUGGACAGAUUUAUGAAAUACAGAGCAGGAGAAGUGGAAAAACAAGCCCAAGGCAAGUGGCUUGGCGACUUGGUCUCAAUCAAUUUAACACAAAUCGAGGGCGGCGUUCAAGUCAACGUGGUACCAGACAGCCUUACUAUUUAUUUUGACAUCAGGAUACCACCCACACUUGAUCACGACGCUUUUGAUGACAUGAUCAGGAAAUGGUGUACUGAGGCAGGUGAAGAUGUGACAUUCGAGUACAUUGGGAAUAAUGCCCCAGUCAAGAGCACAAAUAUUGACGAGAGCAAUCAGUUUUGGACAGCUCUUCUCUGUGCAGUUAAAGAAAUGGGCUUCGAGGUCCUCUGCAACGUGUGCCCCGGCACCACGGACGCGCGCUUCGUGCGCCACCAGGGCGUCCCCGUCAUCAACUUCACGCCGAUACUUAACUCGCCCGUGUUGCUCCACGCCCAUGACGAGAGGAUCCAUGUUGAUGCGUUCCGGCAAGGGAUUGAUAUUAUGGAAAAGGUGGUAGAAGCUGUUACUAACAUUUAGAGGC